GCCACCAAUACACUUGCAAACUUGAAUUUGUCAAAGAACAAUUCAGAAAUUAUUGAUGUGGAGUCUCCCCUAACAUCUACAAUUCCUACAACUCCUCACAGUUGUUAUGUUUCAAAUGAUUCAAGUAAUGAAGUUGAGCCCCACUUAACACCAAAUACUCCUAUGACUCCUUCUCCUCCCUCUUCAUCUCAGAAUCAUAAACAACCACGAUUCAUAACUAAUAAUGAAUACAUGGAUAUGAUUUGGUCUCCCUGGCAGUUUGAUGCAAUUAUUUGUGAAAUAGAUAUUGAAGAAAAAUUAAUGGGCCUAUGUGAGAAAGAAAAGAGAGCAAAGAAGAAAUCAUCAUUAAGUUAUGGUAUUGUUGACCUAAAUGAUAAUAGAAUCAUGGAUGUCUUGGGGCAAUCUGUAAAGGUUUAUUUUGAAACAGAAAUGAGGAAGUAUAAUAAUAAACCACGAAGAGCUGUGUCAGAAAAAGCUUUGGAAACUUUGAAGUGUUUAAAUGUUGACAAGGGUAUAUUAAAUCUGGAUAGUUCUGAAUUACAAGAAGGAUGGUACAACAGCAACAUUGUUGCACCAUUCUUUGAUGAUUGCUUAGCUUCACUCAAUGAUUGUAUUCUCUGGUGUGGUGAAGUCGCAAGUAAAGCACAAAAAUUACUUGGAACUAAAUUAUCAAAAACACCAAAAUAUGACGGAGUCUUGUCAUUUAAUAGAAAAAUCGAAUUUAUUUAUGUGGAAACAGCAACCACAUCAAUAUUGUCAAAAAAGGAUAAAGACUUGUCAAAAUUGCAUGAAGCAAUAGCUAUAAUGUUCAAGCUUAUAGUAACCUCCUUACCAGAGAGAAUUGUAUACGAAAUAUCAGAUUUACCCAUCCUUUGCAUUCAAUUCUGUGGAACAACAGCUGAUGUAUACCUUGCUAAUUGGCCAGUUAAAAUGCGCCCUGUUGUUUUUUCAAUAAUGGAAUUUGACAUUCCAGAACAAGUUACAUCAUUACCGAAUCUAACAAAGUCAGCUGACCUCCAUAAACGAUAUCAAUCAUUAUUAAAAAAAAUCACUGAUUAUUAUUUAGAUCAUGACAAUACUUGGACAUCCCCAUUGAAACUGAAAACUAGAUAA